UGUGGGGCGAAGGUUAUAACACCCCUCUUCGCCCGGGAUUCCUGACCGUCUCUGGUGGGUUUCAGUUGUGCUGCCCCAAGCCACCUUCCAUUCCCUCUCCACCCCAACACUAACACUGUGCUGUGUUGGGCCGGCACUGUGUGGGCCGUGGACUGCGCACAGGGGUGGAGUCAAGGGACAGAAGUCCGAUCGGAAAGUUCCUGUUUAUCUGUCGGUCGAUGCUGACCGGUGUCAGACGCGUCCAAUUCUCGUCCCACUCACUCCAGCCGCACCAAAGUCUGGAGAGAGGCAGGGUUGGGUGAGAAACGCUUGGGAUGCUUCUACUGGCCUGAUUCAUCCCUCGUUCCGGUCGAAACCAACGCCCAGUGCUGCGACCCUGGAGAACCAUGGAAGGUUACCUCGUAGCUCCGUACCCCGAGGAAAUUGUCACCUAUGACAGCGAUGUGUACAGACAGCCUGAGUACUACACCUACCUGAGCAGCGACGGGGAGAGUCACAGCGAAAGGCAGACAAGAUAUGGUGACUCCUUAAUUCCAGGAGGAAAUGUUCCCUGCCAACUAGUCACAGAAAAAUUAUUCCAUCCAUCGAUUAAAGCGGCUGACCAUUUCUGGGAAGACUCAGCCACCCACUUCUACAGAGACCUGGAGCCCUUUGCGGACAGCCACUUCACAGAGCUGCAGAAUGUGCAGUCACCACAACUGCAACAUCUGUACCGACACAUGGAGAUACAGCAGCUGCAUAACCUGGAGACACUGCCUGUCACCAGCAACCGCAUUAAUACAGCCGCCCAUUACAGCAAGACACAGCCGGCAGCAACCGCCAGCUUCACCACUCCCCAGGUGCCCUACAUACCACAUUGGUACCAACAGUACGCGCACCUGGCCGAGCGCAGCUCUGAUGAGGAGGAUCUGGAGAGGCACAGCCCACCACUGGAAGUGUCCGACGGAGAAAUGGAAACCACUGAGCCCACUGCUCAGAUGGCUGGGGCAGAAUCAGGGAACAAGAAGAAGAUUCGACUCUAUCAGUUCCUCCUGGAUCUGCUGCGGAGCGGUGAUAUGAAGGAGAGCAUCUGGUGGGUGGACAAGGACAAAGGCACCUUUCAGUUCUCUUCAAAGCACAAGGAGGUGCUGGCCCAUCGCUGGGGGGUGCAGAAGGGCAACCGGAAAAAAAUGACCUACCAGAAAAUGGCCCGAGCUCUUCGCAAUUAUGGCAAGACGGGUGAGGUGAGGAAGAUCAAGAAGAAGCUGACCUACCAGUUCAGCGGCGAGGUGAUGGGGAGAGGAGAGUGGAAGCAUUACACUCAUUAAACCCACCCAUCCAACAACUAUUCUCCCUCCUGCUUCCCCUCACCAACGUUUGUUUUCAUGGGGAGCUCACUGGGCAGAGUGGCAAGCUGGGUGAGGGAAGUACCAGAGCAGAAACUCGUCAGUCCAUCAUGGCUCCUCCUCUGCCUCCUUCACCUCACCUAUCACCUCUUUCUCCUCAACAAAUCCCUGCCUGCCUCUCCAUAUCUGUCCUCACCCACUCUUCACCAAAUCCCCUCCAAUACAUGCACUUUGAUACCCUGCCCCUUUCCGUCCGACACACCUCCACUUCCUACCGUGCCCUCUUCUCUCGUCUACCCCUAUCCCAGCCCAGUUAGAUAUCCUCCUUCCCCCACUUCUGUCACCCUCUUGUGUCUCCAACUUCUUCACCACCCCGACCCCACCCCCCACAGCAUUACAGCUGUGACGAGGCAGAUGCUCUCCAUGGUGACCUGACACACAACCAUCUCCUCCUGCUGAAUCUUGAGUUGGAUUCUUGUGAGUGGUCAUCCAUGGGCUUGAUUCUGGUUAGGGGACAGGCUCUAGCAGGAUUGUGUGUGGCUGUGCAUGGGGUUAUGGGUGGGUUGUGUGUGGGGAAAAGGAGGGUCUGAGGUUGUGAAUUGGGCUCUGUAUGGGGUUAAGGUUGGAGGCAGGUUGGAUUGUGUAUGGGAUUUUUUGGGGGAUGUUUUGUGUAGAAGGUGGAGUACCUGGGGUUAUGUGAGGGGUGUAUGUGUGUAGAUGGGCCUUUGUGUAUGUGUGAGUGAGUUGUGUGCAGGUAUUUAUGUGUCUGAAUAACUGUGAAUAUAUGCAUAAAGGGAGAGUGAAGGUAUGUGUGUGCGAGAUGUUUGGAGGAUGUUUGUGGGGUAUGAGUGGCUGAGGGUGUGUGUGAGGGUGUGACUCUGUGCGUGCGCGUGCGUGUGUGUGUGAGAGAGGGUGUGACUGUGUGUGUGUGUGGGUGUGAGUGUGAGUCUGUGUGAGGUUGUGAGUGUGUGUGAGGGUGUGAGUGAGAGUUUGGGUGUGUGUCUGAGUGUGUGUGUGUGUGUGUGUGUGUGUGUGUGUGUGGGCGUGAGUGAAUGUGUGUGUGUAUAAGAGAGUGUGGUGUGAGUGAGUGUGUAUGUGUGUGCAUGUGUGUGGGGGGCGUAGUGUGAGAGUGUGUGAGGGCGUGAGUGUGUGUGUGUGUGGGCAUGGUGUUGGUGUGUGUGUGUGAGAGAGUGUGUGUGUGUGUGUGUCUGAAGGUUUGGUGUGGGUAUGUAUGAUGUGGGUGAGGUAAAAAUGUGUGAGUGGUGUGUGGGGGGGUGGGUGGAGUGUGAGUAUCAAAGUGGGGUAUGUGGAGUGGGUGGAGUGUGAAUAUUAGAGUGGGGUAUGUGGGGCGGAUGGAGUGUAUUAGAGUGGGGUAUG